AUGUGCUUCCCCGGAAAGCGUUUUAAGAAGAACCACUCAGACGACCCCGAAUCCGCCAAGGCCCCCGCCUCCGCUGCUCCCGCACCCACCACCACCCCCGCACCCCCCGCACCCGCGCCUGCGCCCGCUACCCAAACCGCACCCGAAAGCACCAUGUCCUCUCCUAAGGUUGCGAUCAUCAUCUACUCCCUCUACGGCCAUAUCGCCAAGUUGGCUGAGGGCGUAAAGGCUGGUAUCACGGCUGCCGGCGGUUCUGCCACCAUCUACCAGAUCGCGGAGACGCUCCCCGAGGAGGUCCUCGUGAAGAUGCACGCGCCGCCCAAGCCCGCGUACCCGAUCCUCGAGCCCACGGACCUGCCCCAGUUCGACGCGUUCAUCCUCGGCAUCCCCACCCGCUACGGCAACUUCCCCGCGCAGUGGAAGGCGUUCUGGGACGCCACCGGGGGCCUCUGGGGCUCCGGCGCGCUCACCGGCAAGUACGUGUCCGCGUUCGUGUCGAGCGCGUCCCCCGGCGGCGGCCAGGAGGCGACGAUCAUCGCCUCGCUCUCGACGUUCGUCCACCACGGCCUGAUCUUCGUGCCCCUCGGGUACGCGAAGGCGUUCGCGCAGCUCACGAACGUGUCUGAGGUCCGCGGUGGCUCUCCGUGGGGCGCUGGUACCUUCGCCGGCGGCGACGGCUCGCGCCAGCCUUCGGCACUCGAGCUCGAGGUUGCGGAGAUCCAGGGCAAGCACUUCUGGGAGACCGUCAGCAAGGUCAAGUUCUGAGUACGCACAUUGUUGUAACCAUGACCCGCUCUGGACGAUCCGCGCCAUGAGCGUGUGGUAGAAACGUUUGAACUGUACAAUAAAAUACCUUUACAUUCUCC